AUGUCUGAAGCGCAUCACGCUAAUUCUCGUGACGCGCAAAAUGUGAUAUUCAUCUUUUCUUUAUCUAAAUUUUUUUCGUUCUUCGGACGAACAUACAACAACCUAAGCAGCAUCUCCGAGUGCAAGAACGGCGGAGUGUGUGUAAUAAACAAAAAAAAUCGAACUGCCUGCAAAGCCUGUCGUUUAAGAAAAUGCUUGCUGGUAGGAAUGUCAAAAUCGGGAUCAAGAUACGGCAGGCGUUCCAACUGGUUCAAGAUCCACUGUCUUUUACAAGAGCAGACGCACAACCACGCAUCAGCGUCCCCCUUUCCCGCUGGCUACAUGUCAAGCUUCAUGCCAUCGCAGAAUCCAGUUGACGGAAGCUUGAAAGAGAAGGAAAUCGCCUCGGCCAACGAAGAAAACCUCAACAUGCAAAGGCACCUGUUCCAGCUGGCGAUGAUCAACAAAGAGUUCGAUAGGACCAAGUCCCCGCACCCAGACGACAUUGCGCUCCAGCAGAGACUGAGAAUGCUCUCCUGGCAGCGGGACCAAGAGCGACUGACCCACCAGCAGCAGCAUCAGGGCCCAGGGACUCCCCCCCGUGAAACCUCGCCGCCUUCUGGCUACAACUACAAAACGUCCGCGGUGGCUCCCUGCUUGGUGUACCCCAAGGACACGAGUCCUCCGGGAGUCUUCCGGCCCUUCUCCUUCAAGAGGGCAGCGGACACCCCCAGCGACAGUGGCGCCUCCUCGAUAGACGGCGAGUCCUGCAGCGAGUCCGACUACUACAAAAAUCCCUCUCCGGUCAAGUCCAUUCCGACUGUCGCUGCCUUCCCUCGACACCCGCUGCAACUAGUCUACUCAAGCGGGAGCUUCGUUACGACUCCCGUCGCCUCUCAACCUUCUCCUCGCGGCGGUGACCUCAACCUCGUCAGCCCCAGUCCUGGUGGCGUCGCCGUAGAACAGGACCAGCCGAUUGAUCUUAGUGUUAAGUGCUCCAGGAGCUCACCCCGGCCUGUGGAGUCCCCCGUUGAACACCUCCAGGUGGACGACCACCCCGAGACCAGCCAUAACGCCGGGGAGGAAACUGCGACGAAGGGAAAACCCUUGGACUUGACGCUUGCUGUUAAGAGGCCAGAACUUUCUCUUUCGUUGUAA